CCCUGCGCAAGGAUGACACGCAUAAAUCGAGAAAUGGUCCAAAUUUAUUUUUGCCUUUUUUUGCCCUUGAUCUAGCCACUUAGUUUUACCAAAAUACCCUCAGAAUAAAUUAUUUUCCCACAAACAACCCUGUCCUCAACGAAGUAGCUUUUCGCAGUGACUGCUAGACGUCUCUCUCUCUCUCUCUCUCUCUCUCUCUCUCUCUUCGGAAGCAUUGCCGCCGGAACCGCCAGGUGUCCCCGAAACUCCGUUCUCUAUUUUCAGUAGAGUUUGAAUUCUAAUUUGAUGAAAAUGGCAUCGUUUGCUUCCACUGAAUGCUUCCUUCCUCUAUACCAAUCGCGUCUUACACCCGCACAUUAUCAACAAAAUGGUACAAGUGCCAUCCUACACCUUAACUGCAAGUCAAAAAAGUCUCUCUCGUUUUUGUCUUCCUCUUCUUUUUCCACACAAGGAACCAGUCUUUGCUAUGCCGUUGAGAGGAAGGAGCAGUUGUCGUUUGCACAAACGGCUGCUGUUCGGCAUCUGAUGGGUUCUGUCACCAGAACUCAGGGUCUUCGCUUUGCUGUGGUUGUGGCCCGGUUUAAUGAAAUUAUCACGAAGCAGCUGUUAGAGGGAGCUUUGUCAACUUUCAAAAAUUACUCCGUUUCAGAAGAGAACGUCGAUGUUGUCUGGGUUCCUGGUAGUUUUGAAAUUGGUGUUGUUGCAGAAAGGCUAGGGAAGUCACAAAAAUAUCAUGCAAUUUUAUGUAUUGGAGCUGUGAUUAGAGGUGAUACAUCCCACUAUGAUGCUGUUGCUAAUUCGGCUGCAUCUGGAGUACUUUCAGCUGGUUUAAAUUCAGGAGUUCCAUGCAUAUUUGGCGUCCUGACUUGUGAGGACAUGGAGCAGGCAUUAAAUCGUGCUGGUGGUAAAUCUGGCAAUAAGGGUUCUGAGACUGCUCUGACAGCUAUUGAGAUGGCAUCUUUGUUUGAGCAUCAUCUGAAGUAAGAAAUUUUAGUCUCUGUUGGACUUCAUCCAUUUGUCAACUACCAGAAUAUUUGUAUGUUGAGAGUUGGGGAACUUCCAAAUGGUUGCCAUAUCAUCCUAAAGAAUAAUGGGUUUAUUUGUCGAUUGCUUUGUGAUACCUUGAAAAGGUCUCGAGUGUUGUAACUGCGCAGAGACAGGAAGAGCGACCUUCUUGAUGUUAAUUUCAUUUUUGCAAGCGCACAAUAUUUCAGAGAUACAAGUGCAAAUGAAUGACAGUUUUCUUAAUGAAAAACAAUUACAUUUACUGUCCCACCUGGAUGGCGUGGUGGCAAAUGUGCUUGAUUGCAAUUU